AUGUUGCUUGGAAGUACAAAAGUUGCCUCGAUGUUGUCAUGUGUUGCCAUGGCACUAGGUUUUACCGCGGCGUCCGCACUCGAAGGAUCGGUUCUCCGAGGGAAAGAUCACAGCCGUAGACUUACUUCGGAACAGGUCCAAUUUGUGAAUCAAUGCUCAGAAGGACUGCUGAGCAGUGACGUCUUGAGCGAUAAGAUCAUUACACAGAAGGAGUUCACAGAAACCUUUCUGAGUCUAUGUUCGCAAUUUGGCGUUGAAGGAUGCGAUCAAGAUGCUUCGUUUGAAACAUUGGAUGAAGACAUUCAAUUUGCCUUUGCUUCGGAAAUGUGUCAUACGAGAUCAUCAGCAUGCUUGCAAAGUUUGAUUACCAUCGGAACAGUAAUGCAUGAAGUUGGCUAUAUCGUAUCAUCAGAAGGAUUGAUGGUCGAUAGCCUCGUGAACAACAUCUGCUAUGAACUUGAGUACGCUGUAUUUGGUACUCCUUCUGAUGGAGUUGAACUCAUUGACAUUGAUAAUAGCUAUGCUGAUACACCUGCUGCGACAGGUGCAAAGGCUACAGGAACAAAUGCUACCAAUAUUAUUGGAGCGGCGACAGCUGGUUCUGCUUGUUUGCUGCUUCUUUUCCUCGUCGGUGGGGAACGCAGAAGCCUUCAACAACAAAUGAAAUCUACGAAGGAUGUAGAGAGCAAUAUCUCGUACAAGACCGAGAGCUCUCCUGAAUCAGACACGCUCGCCGAUGAGUUGGUUAGAGCAUUGCCUACAAUAAUGCAAGACCAUGACCUAGCAAAGAAUACAAGUCAAUUCAACCUAAGCAUGACUUCGGAUGUUGAUGCGGUUUUCAAGGCUAUCAGUAGAGCCGACUGGUAUGAAGUGUACAACAUGGCUUCCCAACUUUCGGAAAAUGAAGACUUGAGUACUAUUUCAAGCUAUGGUGGGCAAGGAAACCACAGGAACUAUCCUGCUCUCGAUCAAGACCGUUCGCAUCUAUCUCUUGAAGAUCAGCAGCGUACUAGGACACUGGAUAGACUUGCAAUGAAUCGAGAUUGGACUGGCGUUGCCGUGACUGCGGCGCUCUAUGCAGAUGAAAGCAGUUCUGCGAAAGAAAUGAAGGGUGGGUACUUCUUGAGCCAAUCGGCUGCUGCAGCGACACAAAUUGCUGAUGAGAAAGAGUUUUCGUGUGAAGUUUCUGGAAUGGUAAAAGAGAGAAUUGAUUCUGCUGUUGACUCUGGAGAUUGGGACAAGGUACUGGCGCUUUCUUCCCAGGCUGACGUCGCAAAGGAGGGAAACAACGAGCGUGAUGAUAACGGUUUGUCAACUAUCUUGUACUCUCAGGUACUACCUGAUGAUACCCUAUCAGGAUCCCAAAAGAAACUCACAGAGAACCUCUUUGCCAGCAACUGGGCUCUCGUCGGUGCUUACGCAAACCGCUUAAGAGAGCUCGAAGCCCAGUUGACUGUCGAUGACAAAACACUACCACUUCAAAGUCUCUUGGAUAUCAAUUCAACAGAACUAUCAGACUCUUCCGAUCCAGAAGCUGUCAAGAAGCAAACCAUCGCGAAGUUGAUCAAUGAGAAAAAAUGGAAAGGGAUCAGCAUUAUGGCUGGUCUUUACGACAUGGAGUCGAAGGGUUGUUUGUCCAAUGAUGAUGGAGAUCAAUUGCCUUAG